CUGGUGAGAAUACAAAGCCAGAUAAAAAGCAAGUACGGAAAAACAAGAAAGGCGUGGCUGAAGAUGCUCCUCCUGAACAACCUGCUACUAAUCUUCCUGUACCUUUUAAACAACCUAUGGAUCCGGUAGCUAUGAAUCCUGAUUACACCGGGCACCAAGGAAUAAAGUACGGUAACGCACAGAACAACUUCCAUCCCGGCUGGCCAAAUCAAUUUGUAAGUUCCUGACUGCGCAACAUAUUGUUCUAUGAUUAUUUGUUGUUUGUUGUUUGUAAGUGAUAUUGUGUUGUCCCCUCCCCAACAGCAGGUAAUGGCUGGGUAUAAUACGGUGAAUGUAGUGGAUCCGCAACAUCAAGUUGGAGGAAGCAAUGUCCGUGCUUGUGUAGGUCAGAUGAGUGGGACUCUUAUAUAUCCGCAACACAACUACAACAAUGGAGCACCCAUGCAAAACUAUCAGGCAUCUGCUACUAGAGUAGGAGGUGGUGUUGCUACAAAUUUGUUUCCACAGUCUCAAGUUCGCAUGUCCGUCGGUGGGAUUCGUAUGUCCAAAGAUGGGGAUGGUUUGAUAGGGUCUCAAGAUCCAUGUGUUAUGCCCCUGUCACAAAACAUGAGUGGAGUUCAAAUGUCCCAAAUAUCUUCAAAUGUAGGUGGUGUUCAUAUGUCACAAAACCUAAGCGGACAGGGAAUUUUUCAUAUGUCACAAAACCAAAGUGGAACUCAAAUGUCCCAAAACGCAGGCAACAUUAGGUACUUCACCGGCAACGUAGGUGGAACCUUUGAAGGAUCCGGAAAUCAGUUUAUACAGGGAGGCAAUGGUAACCACAAUUUUCAAGGUACUCCAGGUUUUCAAGGUGACGGUAGUGACAUAAACUAUCAACGCACAGAUAAAUAUCAAUGCUUUGCUGGAAAUAAUAGCAACCAGGUUCAACGCAACAGAAAUCAUACAUUUCAUGGAAGUCGUACUCCUAUAUUCACACAAGACCUAUUGAGUUGUCAUGACUUGACGAAGAACUAAUACAAAUAAGACUCAAAUUCAGAAGUCCUCUCAGAAGUCCUGUUAUACCUUAAUAAACGUUGUAGUUGAGUUGUCUAAUAUUUGUGAUUAUGUACCAUUCUGUAUGAAUAUGUAAGUUUAAUUGUUGUUUGGUUUACGUGUGUAACUGUACCAUUCUGUAUGAAUAUUGUACGUUUAGAUAAAUGUAUGUGAGACUAGCUACCUGAUUUUUUUACUCAACACGUUUUCGACUGAUUGAUUAAAGUAAAAUUAGCAAGUACAAUGCAAGUGGAUGAGGGUAAAAUAGUCAAUG